AUGGAUAAUCCACAACCCUCGACGCCAUCAGGUCUAAAUUCGCACUCAACACCUCAUACCGGUACGUGGCAGCAUCCAAGGCUCGAUGAAAUUGUUAGAAGACAAGAUGCCACGAGCUUCCAAAAGCAGAACAUAAAGAGAAUAAUGUACAACAUUGGUGGUAUAGUGGCUAUUUAUUAUCUAUGGCGAAAGUUAAACAGCACAUUACCAUUAAUUAUCCAAAAUGACCUAUCAAUCAACCAAUAUGCUAGAUAUCUACUUUAUUUCCUACAAUCAAUUUUUUUUUACAAUAUUGUCACAGCCAGCCUUCCUCUUUUCCGGCAAACAGACAAUCUUGCAGAUAUACCUUUGACACCAGCCCAAAGAAAACUUUUAGGGCUUUCACCGCUUGCAACGCCUCCAAAAUUUAAUCCACAGUUCAGUACUCCGCCCAGAUACGCCCGAACAUCUACACCCCUUAGCAGGUCACCUAUACAUCGAGAUAGGAAUACUGGGAUAUCUACAGUCGAUAGGGACGUUAUAAUACCCGGGAGCUCUUCUGGAUCCCAAUUUUCACCACUGGGGAGAUUAAGUGGCAGUCUCAACAGUAAUCGAAGAUCUUCAACCGGGUUUAGUUCUCUUGGGCCGGGAUUCAGUGUCUCCCAAGAGAUACCCGGAUCACCAACCCCCAGUCAUUUAAAAGGAUCGGUACCUUUGAACAAUAAAUGGUUGUACGAUAGAGGUAGGAAAAAUUCCGGGCCACCAACACGGCUGUACACAUAG